AUGUCCAAUCAUUUGCAAGAAUUUCAAAGACGCCUUGUGCCCUUGACUCAUUUAAGUGAAAAACUCCUACAUUCAGAAGAUCUCAAACCUGGGGACAUCCAUUCGAUAAUUUCCAGAUUCCCUCCAGUCCAAUCCGAUCCAGGCCAAGGCAACUCAUGGGCCAAAUUAAAAUCCGCCUUACCGAUACGGAGCAAAACAGCCUUGACAUCUGGAUCUAUAGGAAAGCAACUUGACUUGUAUUUCGUGGAGGACCGAGAAGAAUUCAUCAAGGUAUUGAAGGCGUUCAUGGAAAACUACGUAGCUUUCAAGGGUUGGGUUGAGGUUGCAUUGAGGUCCUCAGAAAACAAGACUACCAACAAAGACCAAGACCACAAACGGUGUUCUAGUGACAGUGACACAUCAGAAAGUGAUUCAUCUGAGCGGAUUCACAAAAUGCUUGUCCCCAAUUGUAAACAAAACAAUUGA